AGAUAAAUUAUGAUUGAUGGCUCCUCAGGGUUACACUGAUAACUUUAAGGUUUUGAGAUGAGAUUAGGUGGCUCCUUAAUCAUCUUCCUUCACUUCACUUCAUCAGUUAGAUAUGAUGCUGUUAAACAACAAACAGGAUAUUUCUGGCAGUUAGAUAGCUUAAAUCUGAAUCUAAACUACAGUAUGCUGGGGGACAGGAACAAAAAUUGUGAAUACUAUCCGGGCACACCAGUUUAUCAACGACCAUCAGGACCUUUUGGAGAUUAUUCUUGUGAUUCACCGAUUGAUCUUAUUAGGUCUGCUACAGCAUUUAUGAAAACAAUUCGAGGAGAGGAGUUUGAUUUUCUGCUUUGGACCGGGGAUUCAGGACCGAACACCGGCAAUCCUACUAAUGCCAAGGAAUCAAAAAAUGUUCAGAUGUACAUUGAUGAGAUGACACAAUUGCUCAGGGAGGAGUUUCCCUAUUCUUCGAUUUACCCUGUACUUGGUGAUAGGGAUACAUUUCAUCAUAAACCAGAUACUACACAGGGGGGACAGAAGGAUACAAGUCCUAACCAAUCACCUCUGGGAGACGCUUCAGCAUUGGACACGGAGCUAUACAGAUAUGUUUCUGAAAUAUGGAAUACCUGGCUUCCUCCAUCAGCUGUACAAACACUAAAAAAAGGUGGUUAUUACAAAGUGGAAUUAGCUGGUAGACGACUUAACCUUGUGGGACUUAAUACAGGACUUUGGUUAAAGGAUACUGAGAGAGGGAGGUAUACAGGAGGGGACCCUGGACUCCAGUUCUCUUGGCUAGAACAAGUUCUACAAAAAGCUCGAGAAAAACAGCAAACUGUAAUAAUUUUUGGCCAUACUCCUCCUGGAGUUUUUGAGAUUGGGAGCCAUAAUCAAGCGCAAUACUGGUAUCAUCCCGUUUACAACUCUAGAUAUAACCGGUUGGUACUGCAGUAUUCUGAUGUGAUAGUAGGACAGUUCUUUGGACAUCAAAACACAGACACAUUUAGAAUCUUUAGAGAUGGAAAAAGAAAUCCUGUUUCAUGGGCGUUAAUUUCUCCAGCUGUGUCUCCAAGAACUGUUCUGAAUGGAGAACCUGAUUUAGUAGUUUCCAGUCCUUCUCUUCGUCUAUAUAGAUAUAGUACAUACGAUGGGAAGAUCCUUGACUAUUCACAGUUUACACUGUCCUUGGAUGAUUCUAAUUCUGGUGGUGUACCACAGUGGAAACUACAGUACAAUUUCUCUUCACAGUACAGUAAUAUUGGUGGAAUAUCUCCUGAAUCAUUGGAUCUAUUAUAUACUAAACUUCAGUCCAAUACCAGACCUGACCUUCUAGACAACUACCUGGUGUCAAACAGCCAGCUGGCCCCUUUGACCUGCGGGGCUAGCUGCCAACAAGCUCAUUUCUGCUCUAUCUCUAAUAUAGACUUUAAUAAUUACAGACAAUGUAUGAUGAUCUCCAGCACAGGACGGAAUCUGUUCCUCAGUCAUCAUUGUGUAUUUCUCUUUCUAGUUCUCUUCCACCAGUUCUUUUCCUUUGGAUGUUCUUAUUUAGACAAUGUAUAAUGAUCUCCAGCACAGGACGGAAUCUUAUUAUCAAUUACAGAAAAGCACAAUUAAUAUUUUUAUAAGGAGGACAAGUGUGUUGACAAAUAUUUCGUCUACUUGCUUGCUGUAGACAAUCCUGCAGCAAGCAAAAAUAUAUUUUAUUUAAAAAAGAAUACAUAUAUAUUAUGAUUCAUAGCAAAGCCAAAUAGUAAAUUCAGAGAUGGAUAACAAAUUUAAAAUAUAUCAACCUGGAAUUUUCUUGGCAGUGUUUUUCUAGGGUUAUAUAAACACUAAACAUAAAAAUAUUAAAAGGAAAUUAGUUUUUGGCCCAAACUGUGAUUUCAUAAUCCUUAUAUCUUUGCGACCCCAUGUCGUAGACCUCUGAUAUUCCAAACUAUAUAUUCUGUUAGAUAAAAUAGGCUUAAAUUGAAAUAUCAAAGAUUUACACCAUCAGGUUGCUAAGAUAUAUGGCUUAGACAAUUUGAUAUUGCAAUAACUCAGUUACUUUCUAAUUACACAAUUUAUGCAGUCCUGACACUCAAACAUUUAAAAUUACACAAAAAAACCUUAAAAAUGAUAAUCAUAAUUUUUAAAUUAAUAGAUAGUUCAUUUUAUUCUGACUUAACAAAUGAAGAUUUUUUUUAGGUUUUUUAUGUAAAAUGCUUUAGUUUUUUGGUCAUUUAUCCUAAAAUUUUAUUUAAAA